UACUGUCAGCCACCUGUUAUUUCAUACAACCUGAAGGAGGGGAGGAAGUUUUUUUUCUGGGUCAGAUGAGCUCAUUUUUCCGGCAGACACGCUAACAACAAACCCACAUAACAUCAUAGCCAUCAUCGCCACGCAGGGGAGGAGGAUUUUUAAAUUUUUUUAAAAAAGUGUCUAAUUGUUGUAAAAAUGUUCCUAAAAUUAAAUAUUAAUUUCUCCAAACAGUGGAGGAUCUUUUUACAAACUGACAACAGUCUGCAAAAGUCACAGACUCUGGAAAGUUAAAACUGCACAGACAGUCCAGAGCUAAUCGGUGCGAACAGUUUGCAGACCUGUUGUUCAACUUGUUAAAGUUUUAGCGUUAGCAUUAGCUUAUGCUAGCCCGAUACAGAUGAUCAAAUCUGCUCGGGACAGCAACAAAAUCCACAGCUGUCAACGUGACAGAGGGGGCUUAGCAAUCAGUCUAUUAUGACUUAUUUCUUCUCAGACUCAACAUGUGUUGUUAGUCCUGUUUCACAAACUGACUACGACAAACAGAUGUUAGCUUUCGCAGGAGCCAGAAGCCUUUCUCAGCCAAUAAUUCUGAUAUUGAAACCAGCAAAAUGGAACCAUUUCUGAAUGUUCACUGCAGGUUUGACUUAUUACAUCAUCUUAACGUGGGAUCAACAGCGCAUUUUAAUUUUUACUGUGGCUCUUCAUGUGGUUUCAAGUGUCAGAGAAAGUUCGUGUGUGAAGCCACAAAAACUGCAACAAGGAAGCUGAGAGUCCACUUAUUAGAAACACACUCAGACGCAAACGCUCAGUCAGCCUGCAGGUGAUCAACCAGAAACUUCACAGAAAUCACAACGACUCUUUAACUUUUCAUCAAGACAAUGAAUGACUUUGAUCUGUCUCAAGCUUUAGACGGCUCAGACAACUUAGAUGAGACGAGAUUUGAACCCCGCUGCUGUAACAUGACGGAUGUCAAGGACAAGAUCUUCAGACUUGACGAGGGCCUGGACUUGGUGCUUUCCUGCAACCCAAUCACCAUGCAGAGUGUAGCUAACCUGCUGCUGGCCGUGAACAGGAUGAAAAAGUCCCUGCGUCGCAGUGACAGGAAGCUCGGGGAUGAUGAGCUCUGCUACGUCAUCAUGGACAGCCUGGUGAACGAAACGAUUGUCAAGACGACCGAGAACUUCUCCACGGGAGAGAAAAGAAAUAAAUUUGUGCGUGCGAACAGCGCGAAGUUGUGCAAUCUGUGCGACAUGUUGCAGAAAGACGUCGUCCACGGACCAGAAGAGCACAAACUGCAGGCCAUCACGCUGACAGGAGGACAAGCCGAACGCAAAGUGAAUUUUAAACUGUCGAGGUACAUGGGCGUCUGCGCCUCUUCCGACAAAGGUCAAACCGUUGUUCUGUCCAUCGCCAACAGCAAGUGGCACAUUUCCUGCUCCAUGAAAGAUGGCCGAGCUGUGCUCAACCUCGAGGAAUGCAGUGAUGAGCAGUUACAAACGAUCAGCGACUCUGAAAACAUGGACCGGUUCCUCUUCUACAAGAGGACCACUGGAAAAUCCCUCACCACCUUUGAGUCCGUUAAGUGCUGUGGUUGGUUCAUCAGCACGUCGUAUGAGGAUGAAAACCAGCCUGUGGAGAUGUGUCAAGCUGACGCUGUCGGACGUCUCGCCACCUUCAAACUCACUUAAAAAAUACUGCAGGGUUUAAGGCUCUGUGUACUGUUGGAAAGUAUCCACACGCACCACUAGAUGGAGCAAUUGUCUGAGAUGUUCCCUGAGCCUGCAGUGAUAAAUUCUGUGUUUGGUGAGGUGAACAUAUUAAAUGCUAAAAAUAUACUUUUUUGCUUAAAAAUGCUAAUUUUAUCUUCUUUGAUAGAAAAUGUUGUAACAGGAUAUUCCUCAAAACUACUACUGACGUAAUCUUACUAAAGUUAUUGGCUAUUAUUUUCCUUAAAUUCAAUUCAUUUCUAUAUUGUUUAUUAUCAAUAUUUGUUUUUUGUGUGUUGAUCUGUUUAGCUGAAAUAGGUGAUUUUUAGUUUUAAAGUGUAAUGGAGUAAAAAUGCUUUCUUCCUGUAAAAUACAUGUUAAUAUUUUCUAAAUAUUUUUGUGUUUUAUGUAUGAGAUCUGCCAUCUAAAUAUUGUAAGGCUUUAGAGAUGUCAUUUUGAUGUGUUGUUGAAUUGUCACCAUAGAAAUGGAGGGAAAAACCUGAAAUUGCUUGGAAUUAAUAUUAAACUGUAGUCUUGAUCCCAGGAUUUGAAUGAA